AUUCGCCACCCAAUGUCUAACAACAAUCAACCGCCCACACACAUGCAACAGUUACCCCAAAUGAUUGCUCAAUACCAGCAAAAUAUUGAGUUUUUAAACAACAAUAUAGCUCAAUUACGUCGAAAUAUUGAAAGAACAGAUAUUUCUCAAGAGGAAAGGGAAGUAUUCAAAAAGCAAGAACAGGAUCUCCAAGGAAAGUUGGCCUUGCAUCAAACACUCGUCAAUAAUUUGACCCCUCAAAUGGUCGCUCAAAACUUACAACAACGUGUUUUAAAUCAGCAAAUGUCACCUACUACUUCGGAUAACAUGAGCACACCCGGCUCUCCUGCUUUUAAUCAGCAACAACAACAACAACAACAACUGGCUAAUUUCUCUAACAAUGCUGCGCAACAACAACAACUUCGUAAGAAUAGAAUAGUUUCAUCUUUUUAAUAUAUUGACUAAAGUUUAUGGGAAUAGGCUCUGCUCAACAGCAACAAGUCAUGAAUAAAAUGGGUCAAGCAGUUGCAGCCGCACAGCAACAACAGCAACAACAACAACAACAACA